CCGGCUCUCUUUUUCUCCAUAUAUACUUUUGUAUAUUGCAUUGUACACACACACACACAUGGAAUCAUCAUCAUCAUCAUCAUCAUCAAUGGCAACAGCAGAUAAACCCAUUAUGCAUAUUGAUGAUGAUCAACAAGAUGUUUGCAGUAUUUGUCUUGAUUCUUUUGAUUCUCAUCAUAACCCCCCCACUGUGACAACUUGCAAGCAUGAGUUUCAUCUUCAGUGUAUCCUUGAGUGGUCACAGAGAAGCCAAGAAUGCCCAAUAUGUUGGCAGGUGAUUGUGUUAAAAGAUCCAGCCAGUCAAGAGCUUCUAUCUAUGGUGGAGGAUGAAAGAAAGGGGAGGUCUGUGCUUAAGGUUCAUAAUAUAUCCGUGGAUCGUCAAGUUGAUCAUGUUGUCGAAUAUGAUGAUUCUGAUACAGACGAGCAAGUUUUUAGAACUUUUGAGUCAGCUAGCAGUAUGCGCUAUGUUAAGAGAAGGAACAGGGAAAGACUUUCACGAAUUGGUCCUUCUACAGCAGAUGUGCCAAUUCGGCAGGAAAUAUAUACCCCACUUGAAGAGUUUCACAGUUUAGGCUAUGCUUCAUCCCACGAUACUUUAGCGAGUUCUAGCUCGAUGUCCACUUCUAUUGAUCAAACUUCACCUUCUGCUGGUUCAUCCACCACUGUUGUGACUCCUGGCACUAGAGAUUGCACAAUCAAAUCUAGAGUUCAUAAUAGCCAGUCACCAAAUGGUAGCCCAGGAAGACCCAUAGCCGCUGAUAUGCAUGCAUUCUCCGAGUCUGUUAAAUCCAAGUUUUCUGCUGCUUCAGCCAGGUAUAAGAACUCAAUCUCAAAAAGCACCCAAAGUUUAAAGGAGAAAUUACUGGCUACAAAUAGUCCAGUUAAAGAAUUAAGUAGAGGAGUUCAGCGAGAAAUGAGUGCAGGAAUUGCUGGAGUUGCUAGAAUCUUUGAACGGUUGGACCCUACUUUAAAAAGAAGCAGUGAUGGAGUAAACUCGAACUUUUUUAAAGGGAAAUGUACACAGGAUAAUGUGAUAGCUUCACCUGUUCAUGGAAACUCUGCUGAUGCUAUUGGAAAUGUGAGUUCGAAUAUAGGAACUAUGCAUCUCUAAGUGGUUUCAGGGUGUCUGGUCUGCGCAGGAUCUGAAUAUCUGAUGACCGUUGCACUUGCAAAAGAAAGGUUACUGUCGAGUUCCUUCUACAUGGGAGAUAUAGCAAAGUGAUGUACACUAAUGUGUGAAUCUACCAUCAUAUUGAUGGGUGAGAUUUGUCAGCGUCCUACAAUAACGAUUUUUGACGAUGUUCCAAGCUUGCUUAUGUUUUUAAAAGCAUUGGAUUUUAUGUCAAGACUAUAUAACUUUUCUUCCUUGUUAUGAGAAUUAAAACAGGAUGGGCAAAGAGAUGGAAAGAGAUUUGUUUAAGAGAUCCUUCUCUCUUUGCCGAAUUGUAAUUUCUUUACAUGAAUGUGCUUUCUAUCUGAUGAUAUUGUGGUA